AUGUCGAGUAAGCGCCAGGAAGUGGUGGACUACGCCGAGGAGAGCUGCACCGACGAGGAUGAGGAGAUGGAGGAGGCCGAGUUGGAGCUGGAGCGAAAGCUGUGCGCGAGGCCGAGGCCCGGCAGGCCCCGCAAGACGAGCCUCACGACCAACUCCUCGAUGGAGACGGUUAAGGCAGGGGAGCCGUCCGCCCGGCGACGUGGCCGGGGACCCUCGAAGCGGCCCUGCCUCAACAAGAACGCGCUAAUGGCGCGAGAGAACAGGCAACGCAAGAAGGAGUACAUCGAGAGGAUCGAGGGCAGACUGCAGUUCUACCAACGGGAGAACCAGGAGCUCAACAAUACUAUACAGAAGCAGUCCAUUGAGAUCAAGAGAUUGGUGAACGAGGUCGCCUACCUAAAGACCGUCCUCAACAAUAGCACCAUCGUCACCUCUUUGCUCAGGGCCAUGAACGACAGUCUCAGGAAGAUGCACGGUGGUGGAGACGCAGCUGCUGUUGCCGCUCACCCUUCUGACAAACAGUCUUCGAACGUUGCCAACUGGAUAGCUAGUGAACAAUCUACUUUAUCGAAAGCAAGAUCUGCAAUUAAAGAGAAAUUGGAAAUGACUAAAGAAGAGAUUAAAAGGUCGUCUUUUGCACAAUCGAAUAAUCCAGUGAAAAUAGCAAGAAAAACUAUGCCAUUCACAAAUAUGUUACCAAAAUCAGAAAAUUCAUCCAUUGUUGAGAGAAUUUUGAAAGAAGAUGAAAAGAUGCUUAAUCAAAAAUCACCACAGUCUAGUAGUCGUUGUGAGUAUAAUACAGUCAAGAGUUCAAUGGGUCUUGAUAGCCAACUACCCACAACACCGAUGAGCAUAUUGUCCAGCUCUGUGGAUAAGGGUGAGGCUAGCUUGUCCGAUACGGAUUUCAGCCAGCUGUCAUCGUUUAACGUUGACUUGUUUGGAAAUCUCGACGAGGUGGCCAAUCCCUUGCAAUUUGAGCAAGAUAAUUCAGAUAUUUUUAAUGAAGAAACCUUGUUUCGUACAUUGGAAAAAGACACAAGCACUAUCAAAACCGAGACAUCCAUUGAUCCAUUGAAGAUCAGCAUUAUGUCUAAUACAUUAAAUGAGAAAACUCUGUUCAAUAGUCUUGAAAAUACCGGUGUAUGCCUCCAUAUUAAUUCUAGUAGAGUUUCAUUGGAGUAUUGUUCAAUUUGCCAUUCAAACAGUUUAAAUUACGAAAGUGUAUAAUAUGACAACAAGGAUUUAUAAAUACACACGUUGAGUUUGAACUGCAGAGUCAAAAUGAGUGGAAUAUUGUUUAUAAAAGGAUCAUACAACUUUGGAAAUAUAAA